CACACUACCGCCAACCACUCCCCCCAAAACCACCACCGCAAUUCCUACUAUUCCUUUGCGGUAAGAGGGCAGACAUCGACCAUCCCCUCUUCGUCCGUCCUCAACUUGUAGACUUGAGUUUUCUUUUGCGUGGUCUCAGCGAGUCCUUGUUACGAUAUCAUUCUGCAGGUAUAAAGCAUUAUUAUUUUUGCAAUCUAAUAACCGAAGACCACGACUCCUUCCCUUCCAAUUUACCCCCUCAAGCCACUCUCGUCGUUCGAACAACACCGAACCCCUCCUGCCCUCGACUUCGUUCAACUUUUGGGCUUCAACGGAAAGAAGCAGUCAAAACGGGACUAUUCUGUGACGGACAUGGCCACGCUAAUUGGAGACUACGGCGCAUCCCACUCGGCAGGUUUCCACACGAUGAUUGCCACCCAAGGCCUGCCAUACACGCAACAACACCAAGACUCCUCCCAUUACCGCUCCAGCAGCCACUCGCGAGACUCCACCCCCCGCCGUUCAUCCUCAAGCCGACAACGAUCCCCAGCGAGAUACCCCACACAGGCGCAGGACGAGUGGGAAAACCCUGCCGCAACUGGCCAACGGACUGGAGCCUCGCGGCUGCCCUCGCCACCUGAUUCCUCCUCGCCCUCGGGGAGCGCAGGAGGCGCAUCAAGAUCCGACGAUAACCUGGUUGCACCAUCCCAGUAUGAGCACAAACAGGCUUACAUGGACCCCUCAGCGCACUCCCCGGCGCAGAGACCCGCAGACGUACGAUCUGACGGUCAUGGACCGGCGACAGCGCAUACCCAGGGCCACCUACAAACAGCUCAUGUGAAUCAGACCAUGCCUUCGCCCGCCUCUGACUCGGGCGAUCAAUGGGACGGUUCUACUCAGGUCGAAUCGAACACAACCCUUGCGGAUGAUGAUGCAGCGACCCAGCA